AGUUGUAUCUAGGAAUUCCCGGUAUAGCUUCAUUCGCCAUCCAUUAGGGAUUCUCUUCACUGGGAACUACUAUAUAUCCCAUACACAAACCGGAUUGCUCCUCAUGUCCACCCACAUCCUCACGCAGGACAGAUAAACCGACACAUCCACACACUCCUAGUACACACACACUCUCUCUCUCUCUCCAACCAUCUACCACACAUCACAAAAAUGAGCACCAUCCCCAGCGUCCACAUCAACGACAAAAGCCCCAUAGAGGACCGCGACACCUCCUCCACCUCCCCAACCACCCGCAAAUCCCUGCACCAGAACAUCUUUGGCAAACUACGUCCCCUCCCCUUUCAAUACCAUUGGACAGUCUGGUACGACCGCCACACCGACGCCCCAGCAGCAGCAGCGUCAGCAUCAGGCGCAACCGCAACAGCAGACUACGACUCGCGUCUCUACCUCCUACACGAGGAUGUCGCCGACAUCGCCACCUUCUACCGCGUCUACAACAACUACCCGUGGGACAAGAUCCGUCUGCGCGACACCGUCCACAUCUUCCGCAAAGGCGUGAGACCCGUCUGGGAAGACCCCGAGAAUCAGAACGGGGGGUGCUGGCGCUUCCGCGUUCCGAAGAGUAAAGCCCAGGCGUUUUUUCAUGAGAUUGCCAUUUUGUGUAUGGCGAAUGAGUUUCAGGCGGUUUUGGAGAAGGAACACGACCACGUCCUCGGCGUCUCCACCUCCGUCCGAUUCAACUCGCAUCUCAUCUCCGUAUGGAACAAGCUCGGCUCCAAUGAACGGUCCAUCAAGGCUCUCGAACAAACUAUCAUCGAUCGAUUAUCUCCUGAAUUAAGGCCCACGGGGACGGGUUCCACUGCGUACUUUUAUAAGCGGCAUGAUGAGAAUGAGGGGUUCAAGGAGGCGGUGGAGAGGAGUAAGACUUGAUUUUGGUUCUUUUCUAUGGGAAACUUUGGAUAGUUGGUAUGCUAAGUAGGUGCUUGAGAGAAAUUGGGUUCUCCGGAUAGAAUAUGGGAAGGGUGGUGGAGCAUGUAUGUAUGUAUGUAUGUAUGUAUGUGCAUAGUAGAUUUCAUUCAUGGGAUAGAGAUGUUUUCGAGUGCGG